GCACAAGGGAACAAGUGAUGAUAAUGAAAAUUCAUCAACGAGGACAACAGAAAUGGGGGAACCUAGUAUUGCUUCGCCUAUAAAUGAAAAACCUUACACAGUGGCAAGUGGUAUUGAACAGCCCCUUGAUAAAACCACAAGCCAUGUAAACUCACGUAGUGUAGAAGAUUACACCUGCUUGCUUGAGAAGUACAAUGAACUUGAGGGUCAGAGGCAAAUGGUUUUACAGAAGCUUAACCAAUUUGGUGAUUCUAGUACCUUAAACGCUCAAGAUCAUCACACUUAUGCAGUACAGGCUCCUAACUGUAUGGUCUCCUCAUUUUACUGCCCUUAUGAAUGCCAGAGUUGGGUGCCUCCAGUCAUGGCAUCACCAUCCUGUUGCGUGGGUGGAAAUUGCACUGAUAAAAAUGCUGAUGAUACUGUAAAAAGCAAGUCUGAUCAAACCUCGUCUCUUCAACAACCUGAUAUUGUGAAAACAGCAAUGGGUUCUGCGGAGAAAGCAUUAUCUUCGUUGAGGGAAGAUUUCGGUGAUGAGCGAGCACCAAAGAAGAGUAAUGACCAUGCAGACAAUGAAUCCAAACCUGAGACCGCCCUUUCAGAGGUUUUGCAUGCAUGGUAUUCUGCUGGCUUCUACACUGGAAAGUACCUGACCGAGCAAUCACGUGUGGGGAAAAAGACAUGACUAGCCCUGGACGUGCCGUAUGACAUCAGAGUUUUGACACUAUCAUCAGCAGUGAUGCCAAAUCCAUGCUGCAAACGCUACUGCUCAUAGGUCCCUUGGGCGUGAAUAAUUACCUGCUGCCUAU